CUUCGACGAGGCGACUGUACUACACGGCAGAUUAUAUACCCAGCCAGUUCAAGGCAUAGCCAGUACCUCUAGAAGCGCCGUCUUUUGCGCAAUCGCAACACAGUCGCCCGCCAUGGAUCACUCGCAAUACAAGUAUGGGGCCAUGUCCAACCUUGUCCUGUCGGCGGACAGGCGCACACUCCCUCGUCGCGACAAUGAGCCCACCGGAGAGCCAGAGACGCUCGCUGGCAAGAUCAAUGUGAAGGAGAUGGGUACUCGUGCCGGUCGUACACCCGCCACGCUGCCGCAGAAGCCCGAACAAACGUUGAAUAAGAAUGAAUUGCAACAACAGCGCAAGCGUAAAAGGGAUGAUAAUGUGGCAAUGGGUGCACGGAGAGGAUAUACCAGUGUCUUGGACGCGACGGAAGAUCUUGAAGGGUUGACCUACCGUCCGCGAACGAAGGAGACCAGGGAGACCUACGAAUUGAUCCUGUCGUUCGUGCAAGGAGUCUUGGGCGAUCAAUCCCAGGAUAUCGUAAGAUCAGCUGGUGAUGCAAUCUUGGAGAUCUUGAAGAGCGGUGCGCUCAAGGACUUUGAUCGCAAGAAGGAGGUCGAAAGCAUCCUAGGUGACACCUUGUCUAGCGAGAAGUUUGCGCAGUUGAUUGGGUUGGGCAAGAAGAUCACCGACUACGGAAAUGACGAGGAAGGCAAGACCAGAGGAGAGGAUGGUGAGCUGAGAGAAGGAGAAAUUGACGAUGACAUGGGUGUUGCGGUGGUCUUUGACGAGGAGGAAGACGCGGAGGACGAUGAGGACGAGGACAGCUACAACGAGGUCCGCGACAUUUCGGACGACGAAGACGGUAUUGAGGGAGCAGCACCCGCCGAGGGUGAGGAUGGUCAGGGUGAAGACGACAUGGCCAUGAUCGGACGACCAGCCGCAAAGAAGGCUAAGAAGUCCGCUGACAACUCUGAGAAGCACAUGGUAGCUGCACAAGACAUCGACGCUUUUUGGCUCCAGCGAACAGUCGCGACCUACUACCCCGACCCUCAAGAGGUCCAAGAAAAGACGUCUGCCAUCAUGCGUUUCCUCGAAUCAGAUAUCGCUCUUGGUCAGCUUGAAAACGAGCUCAUGGAUUUGAUCGACUACGACAACGACAAGUUUGAUCUCGUGCGACUAUUGACACGAAACCGCGAGAAGGUUGUUUGGUGCACGAAGCUUGCUAGGGCGGAGGAUGCUGAGACCAAGAAGGGCGUCGAGGGUGAAAUCCAGGAGAAGGGACUUGGAUGGAUCUUGAAGGAAGUACGGGGUGAGACCAAGACUGUGUCGGAUUCCAUGGAUGUCGACGCGCCUGUGGCUGACGGGCAGGAGAUGAAGCCCACCGUGGUGGAGCCGGUGGCACUCGUUCCCAAACAGCUCAUUGACCUGGACAGUUUGGUCUUCACGGAAGGCAACCACUUGAUGGCAAACAAGAAGGUCAAACUUCCGGACGGUUCGUUCAAGAAAUCCAAAAAGGGAUACGAGGAGGUUCAUGUUCCAGCACCCAAGCAGCGCCCUCUGGACCCCGGAGAGAGGCUUGUACCGAUUACUGAGAUGCCUGAGUGGACUCAUGCAGCAUUCAAGGGCGCAAAGACCCUGAACAGGAUCCAGAGUAGGCUCUACCCCGCCUGUUUUGGUGAGGACGAGAAUGUCUUGCUUUGUGCACCUACUGGUGCAGGUAAGACGAACGUUGCUAUGUUGUGUAUUCUCAAUGAGCUCCGCAAGUACCGUGAUGAGGGCACUGGAGCUAUCAGGACGGACGACUUCAAGAUCGUCUACAUUGCUCCUCUGAAGGCGUUGGUUCAGGAAAUGGUUGGCAACUUCUCUAGCCGCUUGGAGCCUUACGGAAUCACGGUGGCUGAGUUGACUGGUGAUCGCCAGUUGACCAAGCAGCAGAUUGCUGAGACUCAGAUUAUCGUUACGACGCCUGAAAAGUGGGAUGUCAUCACGCGUAAAGCGACUGACACGAGUUACACCAACUUGGUUCGUCUGAUCAUCAUUGACGAAAUUCACUUGUUGCACGAUGAGCGUGGUCCUGUACUGGAGAGCAUCGUCGGCAGAACCAUCCGCAGGGUCGAGCAAACUCUUGAGCCGGUCCGUUUGGUGGGUUUGUCUGCUACAUUGCCCAACUACGCUGAUGUUGCUACCUUCCUCCGCGUUGACCCUAAGAAGGGGUUGUUCUACUUUGACUCUACCUACCGUCCUUGUCCGCUCAAGCAGGAGUUCAUCGGAAUCACCGAGAAGAAGGCCAUUAAGCGUCUGCAGACCAUGAACGAGGUCACUUACGAGAAGGUUAUGGAGAAUGCCGGGAAGAACCAGAUGCUCAUUUUCGUGCACUCUCGUAAGGAGACCGCAAAGACCGCCAAGUUCUUGAAGGACAAAGCCCUCGAGGAGGAGACCAUCACCCAGAUCCUUCGUAGUGAUGCGGCUAGUCGCGAAAUCUUGCAGACUGAAGCCGACUCGUGCAAGGAUGCAGCAUUGAAGGAGCUCAUGCCCUACGGUUUCGGUAUCCAUCACGCUGGUAUGACCCGUGCUGACCGUACCGCCGCCGAAGAGUUGUUCGCCGCUGGUUACCUCCAGGUCUUGGUGUGUACUGCAACUCUCGCUUGGGGUGUCAACUUGCCUGCGCAUACUGUCAUCAUCAAGGGAACUCAGAUCUACUCGCCUGACAAGGGUCGAUGGACGGAGUUGUCUCCGCAGGAUGUGUUGCAGAUGCUUGGACGUGCUGGUCGACCGCAAUACGACACUUUUGGUGAAGGUAUUAUCAUCACUUCGCACAACGAGCUCCAGUACUACCUUAGUUUGUUGAACCAGCAGUUGCCCAUUGAGUCUCAGCUCAUGAGCAAGCUUGCAGACAACCUGAACGCCGAGAUUGUUUUGGGUACUGUUCGCAACCGCGAGGAGGCUGUGCAGUGGUUGGGUUACUCGUACUUGUACGUCCGUAUGUUGCGAUCGCCGGCUCUUUACUCUGUCGGAGCCGACUACGCCGAUGACACAUACCUCGAGCAGAAGCGUGUUGAUCUGAUUCACUCGGCUGCCACCGUGUUGGCAAAGAGUAAUCUCAUCAAGUAUGAUUUGAAGACGGGUCGCUUGCAAUCCACCGAGCUUGGGCGUAUUGCAUCACAUUACUACAUCACUCAUGACUCGAUGGCUACAUACAACCAGCACCUUAAGCCUACUCUUGGUCAGAUCGAGUUGUUCAGAGUUUUUGCACUCUCUGGCGAAUUCAAGUACAUCCCUGUGCGUGAAGAAGAAAAGCUUGAGUUGAGCAAGUUGUUGGAGCGUGUUCCGGUUCCUGUCAAAGAGAACAUUGAAGAGCCUUCGGCCAAGAUCAAUGUUCUUCUUCAGUCCUACAUUUCCAGGCUCAAGCUUGAUGGUUUCGCUUUGGUCUCUGAUAUGGUGUACGUUACUCAGUCUGCCGGACGUAUCUUGCGAGCCAUUUUCGAGAUCUGUCUCAAGCGCGGCUGGUCGGCCGUUGCUAAGCAGGCUCUUGACAUGUGCAAGAUGGUUGAGAAGCGCAUGUGGCCUACAAUGACACCGCUCCGUCAGUUCACCAUUUGUCCGGUUGAUGUCAUUCGCAAGGUUGAGAGGAAAGACCUCCCCUGGGGUCGCUACUUUGACUUUGACCCACCUGAGCUUGGUGAACUGAUUGGCAUUCCGAAGGCUGGAAAGCUCGUUCAUCAGCUUGUCCAUCAAUUCCCCAAGCUGGAGUUGUCCGCCCAGGUUCAGCCUAUCACGCGAUCUUUGCUGAACGUUGAGCUGACGAUUACUCCGGACUUUGAGUGGAAUGAUGCUAUUCACGGCAAUGCAGAAGCUUUCUGGGUUAUCGUCGAAGAUGUUGAUGGUGAGGAGAUUCUUUUCCACGAGUCCUUUAUCCUUCGGAAGAAGUAUGCGCAGGACGACCAUAUCGUGACGUUCAGCGUUGCUGUGGUGGAGCCCCUGCCACCGAACUACUUCAUCACCGUGGUAUCUGACCGAUGGAUGCACUCGGAGACCAAGCUUGCAGUGUCCUUCAAGCACUUGAUUCUCCCUGACAAGUUCCCUGCGCACACUCCCUUGCUUGAUUUGCAGCCUCUGCCUGUGUCGGCUUUGCGCAAUGCCGAGUUUGUGGCACUUUACGGUUCUUGGUUGAAGACCUUUAACAAGAUCCAGACUCAGGUGUUCAACACGUUAUACACAACUGAUGACAACGUCUUCAUCGGUGCGCCCACCGGCUCUGGAAAGACCGUUUGUGCAGAGUUUGCUAUCCUGAGAUUAUGGUCUCAGCAAGAUGCUGGCAAAACUGUGUAUGUCGCACCUAUGCAAGAGAUUGUCGACCAGAGACUUGAGGAGUGGCAAGACAAGUUCGCAAACAUCGCGGGUGGCAGAGAAGUAGUCGCUCUCACCGGUGAGCUCAGUGCCGACUUGAAGCUGAUCGAGAGGGGUGAUCUGAUUCUCGCUACACCUGAACAAUGGGACGUCAUCUCGCGAAGGUGGAAGCAGAGAAAGAAUGUGCAAGCUGUCUCUCUCUUCAUCGCUGACGAGAUGCAGCUCAUUGGCGGACAAGGUGGACCGACGUACGAAGUGGUGUGUUCACGCAUGCGUUACAUCGCAGCGCAGUUGGAGAAGAAGAUUCGUAUCAUCGGACUCAGCGUGCCUCUGGCAAGUGCUCGCGACCUUGGAGAAUGGAUUGGAGCGACAUCCCAUACGGUGUAUAACUUCGCACCUGUCGACCGUCCUACGCCGUUGGAAAUCCACAUUCAGUCGUUCAGCAUUCCGCAUUUCCCAUCUAUGAUGUUUGCCAUGACGAAGCCAACGUACCUUGCCAUCACUAACAUGGCUGGGAGCGAGCCCGCGAUCGUCUUCUUGCCGAGCAGGAAGCAAUCCCGUCAGACAGCGUUGGAUCUUUUGAUGUACUGUGUCGCCAAUGGCGAUGAGGAUCGCUUUUUAGCAGCUGACCUGAAGGACAUCCUUCCCCAUCUUGAGCGUUUGCAGGACAAGGCUCUUGCUGAGAGUUUGACGCACGGUAUUGGGUUUUACCAUGAAGCAUUGUCAAAAGGUGACAAGAACAUUGUGCAGGACCUCUUCAGCUCCGGCGCUGUUCAAGUUCUUCUUGUAUCGCGUGAUGCGUGCUGGUCGUUGAAGCCCACUGCCCAUCUUGUUGUUAUCAUGGGCACGCAAUUCUUCGAAGGCAAGGAACAUCGCUACAUCGAUUACCCUGUCAGCGACAUCUUGCAAAUGAUGGGUCGUGCCAGUCGUCCGCAGGAGGAUGAUUUGGGCCGUGCGGUGCUCAUGACACCAGCUCAUAAGAAGGACUACUACCGCAAAUUCUUGAACGAGGCUUUGCCUUUGGAGAGUUACUUGCACAUGUAUCUGCACGACGCGUUUGUUGCGGAAACUACUACGAAGACGAUUGAGAACAAGCAAGAUGCCGUCGACUGGCUGACUUGGACGCUCUUCUAUCGCCGUCUUGUGCGCAAUCCUUCGUUCUACGGUUUGCAGGAUACUUCUCACCAGGCUCUCAGCGACUUCAUGAGCGAUCUGGUUGAGACGACCGUUACGGAAUUGGUCGACGCCAAGGUCGUUGCUUUGGAAGACGAUGAUAUGACUAUCGAGCCACUUAACCUUGGUAUGAUCAGCGCUUACUACAACAUCACUUAUGUUACGAUGCAGACAUUUGCUCUCAGUUUGACGGAAAAGACCAAGCUGAAGGGCCUGCUCGAGAUCGUUACCUCCGCGGCGGAGUUCGAAACAAUCCCCAUUCGUCACCAUGAAGACAUUGUCCUUCGCCGUAUCUACGACCGUGUCCCAGUGAAGGUCACUGCUCCUAACUAUGAGCAGCCGCAGUUUAAAGCAUUCGUUUUGCUGCAGGCUCACUUCUCCAGAUUGCAGUUGCCCGCAGAUCUUGCAACUGACCAGCAGCUUGUGCUUUCGAAGGUAUUGAACCUCCUGAGCUCCUGCGUUGAUGUCGUUUCGUCAGAGGGUUACUUGACCGCGGCUACCAACGCCAUGGAGCUUUCCCAAAUGUGUGUUCAAGCUAUGUGGGAUCGCGACAGCCCGUUGAAGCAGAUUCCUUACUUUACCAACGAUGUCAUUGACAGGUGCAAGACUGCUGGCGUGGAGUCCGUUUUCGACCUUAUGGACCUCGAAGACGACGAGCGUAAUAACCUCUUGCACAUGAAUCCGCGUCAGCUCGGUCAAGUUGCGUCAUUUGUCAACAAGUAUCCUGGCAUAGAUGUAUCGUUCGAGGUCGAGGAUCCUGAGGAUAUCACCACGGGUACAGCAACUAUCAUCAAAGUCAAUCUUGAGCGCGAAGUCGAUGAAGACGAGGAGGUGGAUACCACAGUGCAUGCUCCGUUCUAUCCUGGCAAGAAGAUGGAGAACUGGUGGAUUGUCAUUGGUGAUCCGGCUACGAAGCAGUUGCUCAGCAUCAAGCGUGUCACACUCGCCAAGAGAUUAUCGGUCCGCCUUGACUUUGUUGUGCCUACACCAGGCAAGCACUCUUACAAGCUUAUGUUCUUUAGUGAUAGUUAUGUCGGUUGUGAUCAGGAGCUUGCAGUCGAUUUCGAGGCGGCCCAAGGAGAGGAAGAAGACGAGGACGAAGAGAUGGAGGAGUAAAAUGAUUUGGUACGAUUAGGUUUACCCGGUCAUGGAAAGGCAUAUUUGCAUAUUUAGGAUACACCAUCAGGGCAUAAAUCGAAAUUCCCGCGUUCGCGUCUGAGC